AUGGCAUCUCGGACCAAGGACCAAUUCCUCUUUCCCUACUAUAAUGAACAGUACGAUAUGGACUUUUCUCAAUUUCUUCGACUCAGUUCAGAAUUUGGUGAAUACGAACAAUCACCAAAGCCAAGUCCAGAAGACUCUACAGAGCAGCCAACUGCUCCCACGUCUACUUCCGACAACCAAACGCCUGUUUCAGAGGAAGAUUUGGACUAUGAGUUUUUCGAAACUCCAGCCACUAACGUUACUGAGGAUGUCCAAGAAGCUCUUGAUCCACUGUUGAUAACUUUUUUGGAUGACGAAGAAGUUGAUAUGGACAUCGAUUUGAACCAAGAAACUAAGCAAACAAGACAAGAUGUUUGCCAGACAGAGUUGAUGUUGUCUGGAGACACUUUUGAUGGUAAUGAUAAGAUUAAUAUCAUUUCUAGUUCUCCACUUGCAUCUCCAAGACCCGUCUCGUUUUGUCCAGAUCAUGUUGAUGACGUACCUUUGGAUAUGGCAAAUAUCAUUCAACUUGAAUUUGGAAAAGGACAUGAAACAACUACUGCUAACGUAAUCCCAUUCAAACAAGUGGAUAACCAAAGCAAUAUUGAAACACAACCCAUAAUUGAACUAUCUGCAAAUGCUGAGCCUAGUCUCCAAGACACAACUCAAACAUUAAGCUCGAGAACUACAGAAAUGUUGUCUCAAGAUUUAAGUGACGAUACUAAAGAUAGUGAAAAACUGAUGGAUAUUAUGUUUAUUGUCACACCGAUACACACGGAAAGUGAAUCUGAAGAACUGAUUCUAGGAAAUUUAAACUUGGAAGCCGACACAACUAGCGAUUCUCUUCAGAGAAAGGUUGAUACACCCGAAGAAAGUAAAUGUAUCGUCACAACCCGUCGCAGUAAGAACGAGUUUACAAUUGGGAUUAAGUAUCAAAAUUGUUGUUACAGGUUCUACAAUCUAAUUAAGCAUUUCAAGUUCAAAAGAAGAAUUUCUGAGUUCAACCAAACGCUUUUACCUCCUCCAUUUUCGAAGGAGUUUUUCGAAUUGAAAAAGACGAAGUAUAUACCUCUAUCUGUUUACAAGAGGACUCCAGAGUUUAGGCUUGACAGUGUAGAGUGCAAUUCACCCAAGAGAGACCGUGAACGAAAGAUCAAAAUUGAAAAUCAAGAUGAACAGUUGUUUUCGGAGCCAGGAAUCACUCUUCUUGCCAAGAAGCUCAAAGAUAAACCUGUUCAUAUGAAGGAGAAUAAAGAGAAGAAUAAGAUCAAUAAUGACAGAUACUACUCCCGCUUGAAUGUAUGGGAGCUUUCUCGAAUCCUAGAAUUGGAUGAUUACUGUAUCAGUCUAACUAGAGCUAUUGAAAUCAACAUUUUGGAGAUGUUCCAGAACUACUGCAAUUUCAAAGUAGGAUACCAAACUUGGAUACGAGGAACUACAAGAGCAGAACGAGUCGCGUUGCUCGACCGUCUCCACUCGAUUACAUCUGUAUUUUAUCCUGAGAUUGACAAAUUUAAAUUGGAAAUUAUCAUCAGAAGAGCCACCUACAGUUUAAUGCAGACCCGGCUUCGCCGUGAUAGAAGGUACAAGAAGUGA